CCGAGAGAACACCAUGUCCGAUGUCGCGUCGCAAACGCUUCCUCAAACUCCUCUUCGGCCUCCUCCUCGGUGUUUUGGUCUCUCAGUUCACCUACCGCGAGCCGGUGUGCGACCUCGCUGAAGACGGCGUCCAGGACCCGGUGCCGGGCCACGGGCUCGUCCUCGUGGGGGUGAUGACGGCGGCCAAGUACCUGGACACGCGCGCGCGCGCCGUCUACGACACCUGGGGCCGCCGCGUCCCCGGCAAAAUCCUCUUCUUCUCCUCGGAGGGCUCCGCCAGCCGGCACGUCCCGCUGGUGCCGCUCCCCCACGUCGACGACGCCUACCCGCCCCAGAGGAAGUCCUUCCACAUGCUCAAGUACCUCCACGACCACUUCAUCGACGACUUCGAGUGGUUCAUCCGCGCCGACGACGACGUCUUCGUCAAGACCGAGCAGCUGGAGGAGCUGCUCCGCGGGGUGGAUUCGAGGAAGGCGUGGUUUAUCGGACAGACGGGGAGGGGGAGUAGCGAGGAGUUCGGGAUGUUGUCGUUGGAGAGUGACGAGAAUUUCUGUAUGGGAGGGCCGGGGGUGAUUUUCAGUCGGGAGACGCUGAAGAGGGUGGCGCCACACGUGGAGGAGUGUCUUGGGAGGUUGUAUACGACGCAUGAGGAUGUCGAGUUGGGGAGGUGUGUGAGGAGGUUCGCCGGGAUUUCGUGCACGUGGUCCUACGAGGCGAGUGACUGCGAUUGUAAGAUGCAAGUCAUUUUAUACCACAACCAAAGCGGGGAAGCUGCAUUCAGUGGCGAUCUUAAACAGAAAGAAGUCCAUCGAGCGAUCACUUUACACCCAGUCAAGCAACCUCAACACAUGUAUAGACUCGAUAAAUACGUCAAGGGUUUGAAAAUCCAGUCGUACCAACAGGAGUGCAUCGACCUCCAUCGCGGAAUCGCCUCGUCCAUGUCCCAAUUGGGUUUUGCCAUUGGGCAUUUGCCCAACGCCAGUCUAGUCGAAGGUCUGCCGCUUUUUCCCGCGACGAGAGGGUCACGAGGCUACUUGGGUGACAUCACACUAUUAGGCAUGCCUCAGAGUCUGACGAGGCACAAGCCGAGGAAUUUGGACGAAGUCCUCGACUGGGAACUCAUCUCCAAGACUUUGUACUCGUAUAAGGACUUAAAUCCGAGACGGCGAAUCGGAUCCUCACUCAAAGAAGGCCUAAAUGACGUCGUUCGUGACAUUAUGGAACUUAUAAACUCGUAUUCGAAGCAACGAGGACGUGUUAUAGACUUCAAGGAGAUUCUCUACGGCUAUUGGAGGCUUGACCCCGUGCAUGGGGUUGACCUAAUUUUAGAUCUUUUGCUCGUUUAUCGGAAAUACAGGGGGCACAAAAUGACAGUUCAAGUGCGACGACAUGCUUAUGUCCAGCAAACGUUCACAGGUAUUUUCGUUCGUGAAGUUGGCAAUUUUGACUCAUCACCUACCGACGCCGUCCCCGUUCACAAGAAAAUUGUCAAACACAUAAUUUCAACAUUCGAGCAAAUCCCGCCGAUUUUUCCAUCGGUCAUCGCCCCCAAACGUCAAACAAUCAACUUUAUUUUGCCUCUGAGUGGUCGAUUUGCAACGUUUCGGCGCUUUUUGAAACUCUACGAAGACGUUUGUAUCAAACAACAAGAGGAGACUAAACUAUUUGUGAUUUUGUAUCAAAGUGAGGGUUUUGAGGACAGUCGGGGGGCUAUAGAGGGGCUCCAGCGGAGAUAUUCGGACAGUGGUGUGAGUGUGGUGUAUAUAAACGAGACUUUUAGCCGAGCUAAAGCCCUAGAAUAUGGGCUAAAAUUUUUGAGUGAUGAUGAUUUGGUGUUGUUUAUUGACGUUGACAUGGUUUUUGACGCACGAAGUCUACAACGAGUGCGUCAAAAUACGGCAAAAGCCCGGAGUAUUUACUUUCCGGUUGUUUAUAGUUUGUAUGACCCGAAAAUAACAAACUGGAGUUUUCCGGACGGUUUUACCAUCGAUGAAGAAUCCGGUUUUUGGCGCCAAUUCGGUUUCGGUAUAGUCAGUUUGUAUAAAAGUGACUACCGGAAGUUGGGUGGUUUGAAUUUACAUAUUUCGGGGUGGGGGUUCGAAGAUGUCGCUUUUUACGACACCGCUAUCCAAUCAGAAUUGAGAAUUGUGAGGAGCACCGAUCCCGGAUUGGUCCACAUAUACCACCCAAUCAAAUGUGAUAUUAAUUUAGACACAAAUCAAAGAAAUAUGUGUUUGGGGACACAAGCGAAUAUGUUAGGUGGACGCAAACGAUUGGAGGAGAUUUAUCGCCGACAUAAACAUUUGUUUUCUUGACUGUGAUUGUAGAGUCGUGGGGACUCGAUUUUAUGUUCCUGGUGUGAAAUAAUCUCACGGUGACAUGACAAGGCUGAGCUUGAAAUUAAGAUGAAAUUGAGAUUUUAAAUGCCAAAAUGUACUGCCAUAUAGUGUGAAAGACAUGUCGAAAAUAAAACGUUUUCUGAA